AAAACCCUCUGCUCUGUUCCUUUUUCUCCAUUCUGCAACAAAGCCAAGAAACCACUCACCGCCCUAAAAUUCCUCCACCAUCCACCAUACACAUCAUCUUCUGCAACAAUGCCAAGACCCUUCUCUUUUUUCUCUCGCAAGAAAACCACCACUGUCCCUUUCAAGGACUUGUACGAAGACUGGUUCAACACUCUCACGAACACCCUCCUCCCUCUCCUCCGCCAGUCUCUCUCUUCUCCCUCACCCACUCUCCUCCCCUUCCGUCGUGACCUGCUCCUCCAACACUUCCUCUCCCAUUACGACUUCCUCGACCUAGCAGCCUCCAAUGAUGUUUCUCAGAUGCUUUUUCCUUCUUGGCGCAACUCCCUCGAAAUCCCUUUCCUUUUUCUUGGUGAUCUCCACCCCUACCUUUUCACCAACCUCCUCCGUUCAUUCAUCGAUGCAGCCAACAAUGAAAAAGACGCCGAAAAAAAUGGUUUCAACUAUCCUGCUGAGGGGUCACUUCUUGAAACUUUUGAGUACUCCCUUGAUAAACCCUGGCCGGUUUUGAUGGCUUGGACGAAUCCAUCCGAGAACUUGAUGUUAAGAAUCGAACAGAUUGAGUGUGGCCUAAGGCUUAUGGUUCCCCCACUUGUUUCUAGAGUAAAGAAAGUUCAAGCAGCUUUUGUGGGGAGGGUUGCAGAAAAAUGGGCUGCAUAUGAGGGAAAGAAAAUGGCCCUGGAGGAGGCAGUGAAGGUUGAAAUGGAAGAAAUGUUGGGUGUAUUUGUGGAUGCUAAUAGGUUGAGGAGGAGUGUGCUCAUCGAGAUUGUUAAUGCAACUGACGUUUAUCAGGGUGCUUUGUUUCUUGAAGGUUUAGCCCAAUUUCUUAUUGGGUUUAAAGACCGGGCAUUGCUUGGUGAAUUUGAACGAUGCAAGAUUCCGAUCAAUGGAGUUCACUGGGGACUUUGAGCCGCUGCAUAUAUAUUUAUUUUUCUUUCUUGGGCUACAUGUGUUUGGUUUUGUGUUCUGUUCAGAGGUCAGCAGUAAUGAGGGUAGCACCCUGUCCAAGCUUCUUGAUGCAAUUGCUUUGUUAAACUGUUCUAUUGAGGUCUAACUCCAAUGAAUUUGCCCAUCUUCUGGCUGUUGGCCAUUUUAAUCUCACAUGGGUCUGAUCCAAUCAUUUCAGCUACUGCCUGUAAAUUUGUAAUGGUUCUUCACAAGGGGACAAAAGAGGUUCAUAUCAGCUUCCAUCUAGUAAGUGUUCAAUGGAAAACUUUCCCGAAGAUAGUUGCUGAAUAUGCUUUGCAGAAUCAGUCUUGAUCAGAAUGUAAUGACUUUUCCCUAUUUUGUAAAACAUUAGCACUAAUGUCUUUGAUUUUAUAAUUCGAAUGCUUUAUCAAGUCCUAUCAUAGUAGUAGUAUAAGCAAGAGCGAGUUUAGUCAAUAGCAAGGGACUUCUGGUUCAAGUUCCUAAUUUGACCCAAAUGCGAUUGUAAUUUUACUGCUUAUGAUCUUGAUAUUGAUUCUCUUUGGAGGCCAACAUAAUGAUAGUAAAAAUAAGAUUGUUUAAGA